GAAAAUACAGUAUUGGUGGGGAUGGGGAUUCAUACUUGCAGGGUCAACGUUGAUCUCCUUUUCGCAGCUGCUUCUCUUCUUUUUCUUUGCUUUCUGGUGAGGCAAGGGAGAGGGCAUGCCGCCGCCGCCGCCGCCGCCGCCACCCACCCUCAUACUCAUUACAUUCUUCAGUCCUCCUAUUUCCUCCCACCCACUUCAAAUGUUUGCACUCCCUCCUCUAAAGGACCCGGAAACGGCACAUCCUUAAUCCUAGUUCACAAACACGGUCCUUGCUCUCAACUCGCCCGACCCAACCUAGCCGCUCACAGUACAGCCACCGAAAUACUGGCCCAAGACCAGUCUCGAGUCGACUCAAUCCAAUCCAGGCUAUCUAAAACCUUCCGACAGCCCGACAAAUCCACUAGCAUACCCGCCAACUCCGGCGUCUCCCUCGGCUCUGGCAACUACAUCGUCACCGUUGGCCUCGGAACCCCCAAGAAAAAACUCUCCCUCAUCUUCGACACCGGCAGUGGCCUCACCUGGACCCAGUGCCAACCUUGCAAAUCCUGCUAUAAGCAAAAAGACCCAAUCUUCGUACCCGCCCGGUCCACUUCAUAUUCCAACGUUUCCUGCCGCUCGGAUCUGUGCUCCCAAGUCGCCAACUCCACCGCUAACUCACCGGCUUGCUCCGGCUCCACCUGCAGCUACGCCAUCCAGUACGGCGACCAGUCCUUCUCCAUCGGCCUCGCUGGACAAGACAAACUCUCCCUCACCGCCUCCGAUGUCUUCGAUGGUUUCCUCUUCGGCUGUGGGCAAAGAAACGAAGGCCUCUUCGCCGCCGCCGCCGGCUUGCUCGGCCUCAGCCGAGACCAAACCUCCUUCGUCUCACAAACCGCCGCCAAAUAUGGAAAAUUCUUCUCGUACUGCCUCCCGUCGACGCCGAGCUCCGCUGGAUUCCUUAAAUUUGGAAACACCCGGGUUUCCCCCGCCACGAAAUUUACGUCGCUGUUGACGAAGGACUCUUCCUUCUACUAUUUAAAAUUGGAUGCGAUCAGCGUCGCCGGCAAAACUCUGCCGAUUCCGGCGUCGGUUUUUAUCUCAGCGGGUAUUAUUGACUCCGGGACGGUCAUAAGCAGAAUACCUGAGGCGGCGUACGACGCCCUGAAGGCGGCGUUCCGGCGACAGAUGUCGAAGUAUCCGCUGACUGGGGCGCUGUCGAUACUGGACACUUGCUACGACCUGAGCAAGUACAAAACAGUGACUGUGCCGAAGAUUAGUUUGUUUUUUGGCGGCGGCGUGGAGGUGGGCGUGGCCCCGAGUGGGAUUUUGUACGCGGCGAACGCGUCGCAGGCUUGCCUGGCUUUCGCCGGGAACAGCGACGUCGGCGGCAUCACCAUUUUCGGAAAUACGCAGCAACUGACGCUGGAAGUGGUUUACGACGUGGGCCAAGGGAGACUUGGGUUUCGGUCUGGAGGCUGUAGCUAAGGUCUUGGGCCCAUAACACCUGUGGAAUGGGCUUGAUGAUCGCAUACAGCAAAAGAUAAUGGACCUGGGCCUGGGCCUGGGCCUGAAGGUCAAGAAAUAGAACAAUACUUAAAAUUGAAACAAUUAAUCUGAGUUGAAAGAAAUAAGCUUGUUUGGUC